AUGCGAAUUGCAGACUCCAGUCUCUACGCCCACUACGUGUUCAAGGCCUUCGACGUUAAUUGCAACGGGGCCAUCAGCUUCAGGGACCUUCUCGUGACGCUGUCGACCCUACUGCGGGGUAGCAUUUAUGAGAAACUGAGGUGGACCUUCAAGCUGUACGACAUAAAUGGCGAUGGUUGCAUCACUAGGGGCGAAUUGGGCGAAGUCGUGACAGCAGUUCACGAGCUCAUGGGCAGACGGCAUCACGCCGAAGAGGAAAGGAAGGCGAGAGAACAGCUGGACAGGGUCUUCAAGAAACUCGAUCUCAACCAGGACGGUGUUAUCACGAUCGAGGAGUUUAUCGAGAGUUGUUUGAAGCCUCCAGCAGCGGUCACCGCGCCCCCGCCGACGCCGCCGACGCCGCUCUCGACGACAACAUUCUCACAAUCCCUAUCUCCGUCGCCGCCGCCGCCGUCCUAUUCCCUGCUGCCGCCUAUCCCGCCACCUCUGCCCUCUCAGCCGCCACCUGGUUACACCGUCCAGGAUCAGGAGCUCUAUCUACUCCUGGCUGCCCACUGGUGGAACCAACCGGAGGCGCCGCUCUUUUGUUGA